AUGGGGCGGUGGGAGGGGGCGGUGUCCGGGGAGACGCGUCAGUCGCCGCCGCCGCCGCCACCGCGGGGUCCCUCCCCUCCGGCGGCCCGAGCCCCGCGGGGAGCGGCGCGGCGGGGAUGAGCCGGGCCGCCUCGCACCCACCGUAGCGGCGCGGCCGCCUCCGCCAUGAAGCGGAAGAGCUGGGCCGAGGCCCGGCGCCGCGCAGCCCCGGCGCCGCCGGCUCUGAAGAGAACUCGGGGCGCGGCGUCGCGGGCGGCGGGGGGCGAGGCGGAGCGGCGGCCGCUGCCCCCCGCCGGGCCGGAGACCUGCCUGAGGAUCGCCGAUCGCCUUUAUUUUGCAAUUCUCUGUCAAAAACCAAAGAGUGGAGCUUCAAAUACCCAUUAUUUCUGCAUAGAUGAUGAACUUGUAUAUGAGAACUUUUAUGCAGACUUUGGACCACUUAAUCUGGCAAUGGUCUACAGAUACUGCUGCAAGCUGAAUAAGAAAUUAAAGUCAUUUUCAUUGAUAAGGAAGAAAAUAGUUCAUUAUACUGGCUUUGAUCAGAAAAAACAAGCAAAUGCUGCAUUCCUCAUAGGCUCCUACGCAAUAAUAUACCUGAGAGAAUCCCCAGAAGACGUGUGCAGGCUUAUAUUGGCUGGAAGUGUUUCAUAUCUUCCUUUCAGGGAUGCUUCCUUUGGUACUUGCAGUUUUCAUCUGACAUUGCUGGACUGUUUUCAUGCAAUAAACAAGGCUUUGCAGUAUGGUUUCCUGGAUUUCGAUACAUUUGAUGUAAAUGAAUAUGAGCAUUAUGAAAGAGCAGAAAAUGGAGAUUUUAACUGGAUAAUACCAAACAAAUUCAUUGCCUUCAGUGGACCUCACUCAAGAAGUAAAAUUGAAAAUGGCUAUCCCCAUCAUGCUCCAGAGGCUUAUUUCCCAUACUUCAGGAAACAUAAAGUCACCACUAUAAUACGCCUCAACAAAAAACUGUAUGAUGCCAAACGUUUUACAGAUGCUGGAUUUGAGCAUUUUGACCUCUUCUUUGCUGAUGGAAGCACACCUAGUGAUACAAUAGUUAAAACAUUUAUAAAUAUUUGUGAAAAUGCUGAAGGUGUAAUAGCUGUUCAUUGCAAAGCUGGUCUUGGACGAACUGGUACACUCAUUGCAUGUUAUAUUAUGAAACAUUAUCGGAUGACAGCUGCUGAAACUAUUGCCUGGAUUAGGAUAAAUAGACCUGGUUCAGUGAUUGGACCACAACAGCACUUUCUGAUGGACAAACAGGCAGAACUUUGGACAGAAGGAGAUAUUUUCCGUGCAAAGUUGAAAGGAAACCAUAAAAUUGCUGUAACAAGAAUUCUUUCAGGAGUAGAUGAUAUUUCAAUCAAUGACACGAGGAACAGGAGAACCAUCCGAAGGGACGCUGAACUGUACAGUGAUGAAGAUGAAACAAACUGUGUGACACAAGGUGAUAAGCUUCGUGCUCUGAAAAGUAGAAGGCAGGCAAAAGCUCCAACUGCAUCUCCGCUAACAUGGCUCCUAGCUAUGCUGGUAUCUACACUGUGUAGCAUUGUCAUCUGGUGGAUUGUAUGUGGCUCCCUUCUGCCCAGCCUGCUAUUCUGUCUAGAUGGUUUAAGAACAUAGUAACCAUCAGGACCCCCUGAGAGAGCCACUGUCAGCCAAUCCGUCCCAAGGACUAGAACAGUAUUGCGUUAAAUUUCAAGUAAGCAACCAGUGUUGAAGAGGAUAUUCAGGAAUGAAGGGGAUAUGACUAGAGAGGACUUGAUGCAAUUCAAGGAAGAUUACUCUCACUCCAUUUUUCAGCAAAAGUGAAGAAGAAUCUCUUCUGUACUUGUAGAAUAAAAUGAACGGUCAACAUGCUUGAUAGACACUUUCCUAAUGUGCUAACACUUCCUCAAACAAAACCAACAAAAUCUGUGUACAUGCAGACUCAGGUGUAAAUACUUAAGCUCUCUAUUAUAAAGAGGGCUUGCUAGUAUGUAUGAUGCAUGUGUAUAAAUUGUGAUGGCAAUCACUUAGCUGCUGACCACCAAAAAUUAAGAGAUGGUGGGAGCUUUUAAAUAUAAAAAUCUGUGUUGUCCAUUCAGACUGGGCUCAAGUCUCUACUUGAGACUGAAAAUCAACCACAAAAGCUUUUUUCUUAUAGUAUUGGUACUCUCCUGUGUUAAUUGGCUAUUCUUUCUUAUUUUGUAUGAAGUUUUUUAUGAAGCCGCAGUAUUGAGUACACAAAGUAACUAUUGUCCACCAAAGAGUGCUUUAUUUUCAAAGGUUGUCUGGUUUCUUUAUUUUGAAAAAAUAACUAUAAGCAAUUAACUUGUUUUUAAUUGUACUAGGUUUUUAGUUGUUCACAACCAAUGGCUCUUUUAACUAGUUGUAAUUGCUUUAAAUCUGGUAUGAAUUUAAGGGGGAGGAAAAACAGCUUACCACUUAAAGCAGUGCUGUCAUACUGAAAUGUCAUUACUGUUUCUUUUGCUAUAUUCAUGUCUUUUAGAUGAAAAUUUAGAUGACCACAUCUAAAAGGUAAUGGUUCCCCGGUUCUACUGGUAUACUUGAUAACAUGUGGAUGUCAUUAUUUUUUAGCUUUGAGACACUUAAUGAGUGCAGCACACAAAAAAGGGAAAAUAAGCUUGCUGCACGACUGAGGCUGGUAGUAGAACUCAGGGGCAGGUAUAGUUUUUAACAUCUAAUUAACACUUUUAGAACUACAGCUUACCUCUGUUAAAAAGCAGUGUAAUUUUUAGAGAAAUCUGUCAAAGACUGAAAUUUUCAUCCACUGCAAGACUCUCUGAAUUCAAACACUGGCAGUUUUUUCCCUACCACUUUUCUCAUUAUGAAAUCUCAAAGCUGGCUUUGCAGUGAUAUACCCUUAACUGCCAACUGAAGCUUAAUAGCUCCAUAUCCUUCAGAUGAGGACUGUUACCACAUAGCCUUAAAUAUGAUACAGUUGUCUGUUAUUUUAGUGACUCACAGUAGAAAGUAGAAGAAAUUGAGAGAUCUGAAGUGUUAGCAAUGGAGUAACUGAAUUUUCUGAAGAUACAGAUUACCUCUUCAAGGGGGAGAAUUUUCUUUUUAUGAAUGCCAAUGGGCAGGUUGAGUGACUAAUUUCAGUCUGCAUCCUUUUAAAUUAAAAUUAAGCUUUCUGUUAGGCUGAUGAUUUUUGAAUGCCAGUAUGAAUAACCACACAUUGGCUCGUAAACACUUUUGUGGCAAGAGCAUGAUGAAUUGUAGAGGAGGCAGGAUGUGUAGUGUAAGUAAGUUUACAGGUAGCAUCUGCAAGUUUGGAUAGCCAAAAUUUGCAAAUGUGAAUACAAAGAAAACAGAAUAGGCUUGUAUGGUGCAAAAUAAAGGACCAGCAAGACUCAGACCCCAAAUAUUUUUUAUUUUUCUCUUAAUCUUCACCCUCACCACAAUUUUCAUGUAGGUGAAAAUCACAUAAAAGGGAGGGACUGAGUUCACCCUGAUACAGUGAUUAAAAUGUGUGUCUUUUUUUUUUAAAAAAAAGUAAGCUACUUGCCAAAAGCUGAAGUACAGGUACGCACAAUAGCAGAUACAUUGUGCAAAUAUGAAUCUGUGUGUAUUUUUGAAGAAAAUUCUUAUCUUGGAAGGCAGAAGGGUUGCAGCUAGUGAGGUGAGAGGGUGAGAGUCAAAACAAGAAAGAUGUAGUAAUACUUAGUGCAUUUGGCUUUGCCCUUUUCUCAGCAGAGCUUCCUCUUCUAGCAUCUUUGUCUUUAAACUAAAAAUAAUGGGUUUAUUUCACACCCCUUCCAAAUUCCAAAUCAGAAUUUGCCUUUUUUAAAGUAACCAGCAGAGCCAUUAACACUUUCAGGUUCAUCAGAAGUAAAUUUGCAUAAAACAAGUGCACAAACACAUACAAUAGCAACUCUAGCUAAACCAAAACUGCAUGUUUGGUGUGAAUGUGUUUCAGGAUACCCCUUCUACCACCCAGUAUCUUAGUGAGAAACACAUAAAUGUUGAAGGGAUUUUACAUUUGAACUCUCCAGACAGCCUUAUAUGGAAAAUUAACUCAUUACCUCAUUGUGUCCCAUCUAACCGUAUUGCUUAGUUUGUUAUUCUGAAUUUUUAGUACUUUGUCUAGCAUUUUUAUUAUACCAUACCAAAGCUGUCUUAAGUACGAGAAUGAAGGGUGGGCAUGGGUGAGGGAGUCCUUGGUUUCUAAAUCUUUUUUAAUUGUGAAGUAUUACGUGCCAAAAUGUAAUGUGCACUGGCAGCUGCAUCACCAUUGUACCACAGAGCAGCUGAAGGAAGUUAUUUCUGCUGUCAUCAGUUAGGAGGUUUUCCUUAGAAAUUCUUUGCCUCUUUAAAAUACAUGACAGAUGGAGUCUCCCUUGAUCUCCUAUUCAAAACUACGUAACAUACCCAAAGCUGUAAUAUCUUGGGUCAAAUUGCUGGCUUCCAUUACAGGAUCAAUAACUUAACUCGGAUGUUAACCCAGACCUUGUCUUUCUGCCCCAGUAUGACAACAGAGGAAGUGCUACUGAUAUUAAAACAAAAAAAAAAAAAACCAAGAUUUGUAGAGACUCGUGCAUUAAAAAGAAAAAAAAAAAGAAGAAAAUGUGAUGUUCACCAGUUUGUUGCACUGCAGUUUUUAUAUUAAUGGUUUGCAGACUGUUUGCCUUGCAUAAACUCAUGUACAGACUAUCAAGGUCUAAAAUUUCUUGACUAAUCAGUACUGUUCAUCCUGAUUAUUUUUAAAUUGUAUAUUUCUAAUCAUAUUUUUUUAACUUGGAUUGACAGAAUGGGAGUUUAUUUUGCUGAAGGUAUUUUUAAGAUAAAGCUUCAUAUUAUCUUGUAAUAAGCAGUUCAAUAUGCAUUUGUGUCUCAUUUGAAAAUACUGCAUAUUGUAUUUGAUUUUAUACAAAAUAUUGAAUAGUGAGAACUGUAAACAUUAAUUGUGUAAAAUUAAAAAUAAUAAUCAGAA